AUGUGUGACGACGACGUUGCUGCUCUAGUAAUUGACAAUGGAUCCGGUAUGUGCAAAGCUGGUUUUGCUGGCGAUGAUGCUCCACGUGCUGUAUUCCCAUCAAUUGUUGGACGUCCACGUCAUCAGGGAGUUAUGGUUGGGAUGGGUCAGAAGGACUCGUAUGUAGGAGAUGAGGCUCAGUCUAAGCGUGGUAUUUUGACACUGAAAUAUCCCAUAGAGCAUGGUAUCGUAACAAACUGGGAUGAUAUGGAAAAGAUCUGGCACCACACUUUCUACAAUGAACUGCGAGUAGCACCUGAGGAACAUCCUGUCCUAUUGACUGAAGCACCAUUAAAUCCAAAAGCGAACAGAGAAAAAAUGACUCAGAUUAUGUUUGAAACAUUCAAUACUCCUGCGAUGUAUGUCGCUAUACAGGCUGUUCUAUCGUUAUAUGCAUCCGGUCGAACAACUGGAAUUGUCCUAGAUACUGGUGAUGGUGUUACGCAUACUGUUCCCAUCUAUGAAGGCUUGUUUUCCUCUUCACUUCAAAACCAUUUUUUUUAUAUGGAUAUAAUGUAUUCGGAAGUGGCAGUUGGCUAUGCUCUACCCCAUGCCAUUCUGCGUCUUGAUUUGGCGGGCCGCGAUCUUACUGACUACCUCAUGAAAAUUCUCACUGAGCGUGGUUAUUCAUUCACUACGACUGCAGAACGUGAGAUUGUACGCGAUAUAAAAGAAAAACUUUGUUAUGUAGCGCUGGACUUUGAACAGGAAAUGGCAACUGCUGCUUCAUCAUCAUCGUUAGAAAAAAGUUACGAGCUUCCUGAUGGGCAAGUCAUCACUAUUGGUAACGAACGAUUCCGGUGCCCCGAAGCACUAUUCCAACCAUCCUUUUUGGGAAUGGAGUCGACUGGUAUUCAUGAAACAACUUACAACAGUAUCAUGAAGUGUGAUGUGGACAUUCGUAAAGAUCUUUACGCCAACACCGUUCUCUCAGGUGGCACGUCAAUGUUUCCAGGUAUCGCAGAUCGUAUGCAGAAAGAAAUUACCGCUCUUGCACCAAGUACAAUGAAGAUUAAAAUUAUUGCGCCUCCUGAACGUAAGUAUUCCGUGUGGAUUGGUGGAUCUAUCUUGGCAUCAUUGUCCACUUUUCAACAAAUGUGGAUUUCGAAGCAAGAAUAUGAUGAAUCUGGACCAUCAAUCGUUCAUCGUAAAUGCUUCUAA